AUGGCAGCAACAAAGGUAAGCCUCAAGCUUUUUAUAGACAAAAAGAGCCAUCGAGUGAUCUUUGCUGAAGCAGACAAGGAAUUUGUUGAUUUCCUCUUUAGUAUUUUCAGUCUGCCGGUCGGCGCUAUAACUAGGCUUCUGAAAGAGGGAGGCGGCAUGGUAGGCAGCUUGCCAGGCCUCUACCGGAGCAUUGAAAAUCUGAGUUUCUCUUAUUACAUCCAACCAGGCAAAGAUAAACGCUUUCUGCUAGAACCCAGAGUAUUCAUGCCUGGUGCUAAAGUCCCUCUUCUUUUGCCAAACGUUGGGUCAACAUUCCGUCAAUUGUAUAAGUGUUCAAACAAAUCUUGUCUGUACUAUUCCAUCAUCAUUAAUUUUUACAGUUAUGUGGUGGCUGAAGACAACAGCAAAAUUUGUUCUUCAUGCCAAAAAAAUAAAAUGGUACGGAACGAAUGUCUCGUAGGCCCCAGACUAUCCUUCACUAGUGAUGGUUAUGUGGAUCGGACGGCUAUAUACAUGGUGAUGGAUGGUCUGGAGGUGAAGGUCUUGUCCACCAACUCUUUUGUCACUCUGUUUAAGGAGUUUAAUGUCGAUGAAAUAGUUGAUAUUGAGGAGAAAGUAGUCUUUUUCGGCAUGGAUGAGGGUGUGAAAUUGCUCCAGGCUGCUUUUCAUUCAGAGACUGUUUUGACCGACAUCUUCAUUCCGGUAGAGAUCAUUAAAACUGAGGAGUCAAUUAAAAAGGAGGGAUGUUAG